UGAAAAGAAUUUGUAGGAAGUCUUAGUUUAAUAGGAUCAGUCGUCCAGGCCUACUGCGAGUAUCUGGUGGUCCCCAUUCUAUUAUCCAGUCAGUCAUCGACGUCUGUGACAGAGACCACGCAAAAUCAAGAAUGGAAAAACGAUCUGGCUCGAGUUGGUUUGUGACCUGAGUCAAAACUGAGUUGUGAAUUUGGAUUCGGUGAAGAGAACGAAACAAAAGCAGAAUGGGAAAAGGACACGAUGAAAAGGAGGUCUCACUUGGAUGUGGUUUGGAGUGGCAGUCAAGCUCGUAGUGACUUGGGCCUGAUGUUGGAGUUCUUCAAGUCUGGGUGCCAUAGGAGUCGAGCCCCUGAAUUUAUUGGCACAUUUGUAUGACCAGCGAGUGAGUCAGAGAAGAUUCAGAGCACACACUCGAGUAGCUCAGGCACCAUGGUCCAGUGUUUGACUCCCCUGCCCAAUCCAUCGCGCUUAUGCCCCAAGGGAUUGUAUGCACACGCGAGUCUUUCUCUUCAGCAUGGAGAAAAUUCUCAGAUUUCCUCUACUCAGAACCAGUCAAAAUUGCAGAGGUUUUCUCAGUCUGCCAAGUUUGCAUCUGAAUUCUCUGUUUACAGAUCUCUCGCCGCUCCACGGCCUCAUUUCGACCGUCCAAGAGGUGCAACCAUGGACAUUCCUGGGGCGAGCGCGGUUGAGAUUUCUGAGCUAGCUGCUGCGACACCAACUGACAGUAUUCCGGUGCUGACCCUAACCGAGGUAGCCAACAGAUUACACGAUUACACGCACCCCAGAUGCAAACCAUACACAGCAAUGUACUCUAGUGUGGUGGGUGGGAUCACAUUAGAUCCAGCUGCUAUGGUGGUACCACUGGAUGACCACAUCGUCCAUAGAGGCCAUGGUGUAUUCGACACUGCAACGGUCUUCAAUGGGUUUCUGUAUGAGUUGGAUGCUCAUGUGGACCGGCUGCUGAGAUCUGCAGCCCAAGCCAGAAUACCUCUUCCCUUCCCUAGAGCAGUUCUGCGCAACAUUCUGGUACAGACAGCUGCAGCUUCGGGAACGAGGGAAGGAACACUGAGGUACUGGUUGUCGGUAGGGCCAGGAGAUUUCAACCUUUCUCCUGCUCAUUGUACUUCUACCUUUUAUGCUGUCAUGAUAGCGGAAGAGCGGAAGUCGAGGGAAAUCGUUGGAGGAGUGAAAGUUAUAACGUCCUCUGUGCCCAUCAAAAGACCCUAUUUUGCCACCAUGAAGACGACCAACUACUUACCCAAUGCCUUGGCGAAGAUGGAUGGUGAAGACAAAGGUGCAUAUCAAGCAAUAUGGCUAGACGAUGAGGGUUUUAUCGCAGAGGGAGCCAACAUGAAUGUAGCUUUUGUCAGUAAAGGGACCUUGAUGGUUCCUUCAUUUGAUAAUAUUCUAAGUGGAUGCACGGCCAAGAGGAUGCUGGUUCUUGUAGAACAAUUGGUUGCAAAUUCAUCCUAUAAUGGGGGCGCUCUCUUAAACGUCAAGGUUGGAAGAAUCACUGUGGAAGAAGCCAGAAAGGCUGACGAGAUGAUGCUGGUCGUAAGCAGUCAUCUCAUUCUUCCUGUCACUGAGUGGGAUGGACAAGCAGUUGGAAAUGGCGAGGUUGGACCUGUAGUCAAACAGCUGUUAUCGUUAAUGGAGGACGACCUUUUCAAUGGCCCUCCAGAAGUCAGGGAGGCUGUACCAUACAAAAACUAAAAUCAGUUCAUCGAAAGCCACAGCAAGCGAAGUUGACAAUGUUUUUCUAAACUCCAUCCUUUGUGUUAAGAUCACUGUUUUGAAUCAGAAAAUCAGGGGGGGCCUUCAGAGCAGGAAUCCAGGUUAGAUUAUUAGCUUUUUUUUUUCUCAAUAUUCGCUGAAAUUUCAUUGCACCAUUCCUAUCAUAGAGGCAUAUUAUUAAAAUCAAGCAUUUUUGUGAGCGCUGGGUAUACUUCAGGAAUAAGAAAUCCAUUUAGCACACGGAGUGGAUUGUGGCAUUGGAGUACAAACAUUCAAACAUUCUUUAGUUUUUUUAAGUGGGUCUCUAAAGAGAGACUUUCAGUAAUCAGUCCUGUUCAGUUUUGUCACUGGCAGACACAGAUCUGGUAUCAUUAGGUUCUUUGCUUAAUAUGAAGAUUAUUGCUUUCGUUAAUGGCCGAAUCACCUGGUGAGACAGAUCCUGUACAGACUGUCACCACAUCACAUGAUUGGGAUAAGAAUAGAGUAAUUUCCCCGAUGACUUGAAUUUCAUACUGAAUGUGGAAAUCGGUGUGGAGCUUACUAUUUGCUCACAAGCUUGCCUUUUUCAAGAAAGGACGUACAUAUGAAUCACUUAUGUGAAUGCUUCGG